AUGUCUCUUGACCUCGAAAAGCAGCUCACCUUUUAUGGUGUUUAUCAUCAUAACUCCGUCAACGUAAUCAUCCACAUCGUUUGUGUGCCUCUAAUUGUAUUAUCCUUCUUGGAGCUUUUGUCCAACUAUGGGCCAUUCUUCAUACUACCCUCGUGGAUCCAGAUACCGUAUCUGGAGCCAAAUCUGGCGACUUUUGCCGCAUUGAUAUGGGGCAGUUUGUACCUCCUUCUUGAGCCCGUCGCCGGAGGCGCCCUGGCCGUCAUGUGUCUCGGUGCCACUGCGGGUACCAACUAUCUCCGGCUGCAGGACGUCGCCGGUGCAAACAGGAUCGCCAUCGCGGUGAACUUCAUUUCCUGGAUCGCCCAGUUUGUUGGCCACGGCAAGUUUGAGGGGAGGGCCCCUGCGCUGCUCGACAACCCCUUCCAGGCUUUCUUCCUGGCGCCGCUGUUCGUGUGGCUCGAGCUGUUGUUCAUGGUGGGCUACCGGCCCGAGCUCAAGAAGCGUGUGGACAAAGCCGUCGAGGUCGAGAUUGCCAAGUUUCGCGAGAGGAAAGCGAAGAAGACCGAGAAGGCCCAAUAA